AUGGCUGCUCGAUACACCUUCGUGGCUUUCGCCAGUGCCGCUAUUGCGAGUGCACAGUCUACAACUGAUGACCCGUACUACGAUCCCAUUUACCCCUCCAGUUACUCCUCUGCACCCUUCUGGACUGUAACCGCUCGCUAUGCAGAACAAGUCACCGAGAGUCUAUAUACAUACGGUUACACCCGUGUCAUGACUGAUACGUACACGUCAACCCGCACCAUAAAGGACGAUGUCAUUCCUACCGCUUCUCCCUAUCUCGUCACUACUUCUCGGGACUGGUACGAUACUGAUGUUCAGAUCGUGGCAUCUUACUACACCACUGGUGUUGUGGCAGAGUCUGAUCUUGUUGCUGAAACCACAUACGACUGGCACUCAACUGCAACAACAACAUCGACAACCACAAGCACCAAAUAUAGUAUGCAAGUCACAAUGACUGCACCUGCCUCAUGUCCUACACCAUUCACCAUAACAACCACUGCCUCUGUCAGCAUUCCCACGAAAGUGACGGCGCAAAUAUCUCCCUUGUCAAUUGAGACAGGUACAGCGACUGGCUCUUACGGCUCCGUCAUCUACAAGUAUGAGACAUGGUAUCUCACAGCCAGCGCUGCACCUUUCAAUCCCGCCACAGACUACUACUACGAUUACUACAUUGCCUCAUGUAGCACUCCACCACCUUCUCUUUCAACUGGCUCCGGCUCUGGCUCCGGCGGCUCAAGUUCUUACUACGACGAUUGCUACUACUGCGGGUCAUAUCUUAGGAACUGCAUCAUAGCAAUUGCCGUCAUCAUACCUUUCUUCUUCCUCUGCGGCUUCCUCGAAUCUUGGUUCUGGUUUCGCCGCCUCAUGAUGGGCAGGAGCGCCAUGCGAUUUGGUACUAUCUGCUGGGUCUUCAUCUCACUCUGGAUUCUCUGCUUCACCCGCAUGCAGGACCGUCGCAGCAAAGAAGACCAAAAGCUGCUCGCUGAGAAAUGGAGGAACAUGGGCAGUGGUGCGGCUUUCAAGGCAUGGUGGAAGUGGGGGUUCCGACACAAGUACCCAGAAGAGUUGUUGGGCCAGUUCAGCAAGACUACCGUAGGCAUUGUUCCUCCAGGUCAGCCACUGCACCCAGAGAUCUCGCAAACACCUGCUGCUGGAGGACCCGCUGCUCCCGGCCAAGUUUACUACUACGGUCCUCCACCUUCAGGCUGGGUCCGGGGACCAAACGGCGCCUUUGUGCCCCCACAAGGCUACGCCUACCCGCCUCCCCAACAAGCCGGCUUCUACGGCGACGCCGCAAAGGACGGGAGUCUAGUCUCACAUUCUCCCGUAUCAGCAAUAGGCCAUCCUCCUCCCGUUCAUUCCGCACAGAAUGCUACACACGACGCUCCUCCCUCUGCUCCUCCUAGCCCGCCGCCUCAAGCCCCUCUACCCACUACUCCCGUUCCAGCGCCCCCUGCAAAUGUGGGCGAGGCGCCAGCAAAUACUGCAUCCAAUCAACCCACUGCUCCGCCGCCAAAGAGCGAUCCCACUAAUAGAGAUUUGUACCGCUAG